AUCAGCCCAAAGUCCAGGAAGAGUUUAUCGCCUUCGCUGCUCCGCCGUGCCUUGUCGCCAUCCUUGCGGCGACGGAACAAGAUCCGCAACAAUAAACGCUCCCACAGCACCGGAAAUGUCGACAUGUGUAACGGAUGUGGCUUCCCCAUUUUGGAGGAGAACAUGGUCUCCGCCCAAGGCUCGCGCUAUCACACCACGUGUUUCCGGUGCACCAG